AUGCCCUGGGAGAAGGCCCCCGAACGCCGGAAUGCUCGGGGUCCGCAAGCUUGGGGACAGCGGGACGGACAUCAGCGCGGUGGUCAGCGUCAAGGACAGCGCGCGGGCCGGCAGGACUCGCGCCCGCAGCAGCAGCAACAGCGUCGUCGUCGCCGGGAUGAAGACGAAGACGAAGGCGACAUGGCUGUGCCCAAGCUCGGAGGACAGGCGGCAGUUGCAAGGGUCGAGUCCUCGACCGUUGCAGAUAUUCAGAACCUCCUCACUCUCUCCCCUGGCCUCGCGGACACGAUCAAGAAUGUCCCUGAGCUCGCCCCGGCUGUCCAGAAGGCACUCACUGCUCGUACUGCGCCGACCAGGCCUAAGCCUGACACGUUCCGUGUGGUUAUGAACGGCGCCGUCUUCGACUUGCCCCUCGAUAGCACAACGGAGGAUACUGUCGCUGCGCUCCGGAAACAGUACCAGUCCGCCAUGCGCGUGAUCUCGCCGCGCUCCCCUCGUAUCAUUGGUUUCACUGUCGAUGACGUUCCCGAAGAGAAGCAGGCUGCAUGCCAAGCCACGCUCCUUGAGCUUGCCGAGCGCGCCCCAGCAGAGGCGUUCGCGGCAGCAGACGAGGCCGCGCGCCUCGACCUCGCUCAGUCGGUGCGCCUGCGCGACGAGCACGCCCUUCCGCCGCCCAAGUUCGUGCAGAAGCUGCGCGAGGGCUACGUGAACGAGGAUGCUCUCGACGAAUACAUCGAGGGCGCCGCCUGGCCGCAGGAGCGCGAUGAGAACAAGCGCAACGUCCCUGACGUGGACUUCCUCGACCUGGGCAAACUGCUUGACGCGCCGGAGGGUCUGGGAGAGACGGAAGGGAAGGCGGGCAAGGUGCGCGACAGGACUGCAACGGAGGUUGCUGCGCCACCGUCGGAGCACACGCUCGAGGCGCGCGGCUAUGGCAGGUUCUCUCCCGUCGCACAGGCGCCCAAUGUCGCCGCUAUCGCACUGGCGGGUGCGGGUGCCCGGCGGACUGUGCCUCCCAAGCAGAAGCAGGGUGUCGUCGAGACCGCGAAGGCGACACUGGCGAAGCGACCUGAGGUUACGCUGUCUCAGCGUAAUACGGCCGAGGCAAUCUUCGAGCGACGGGAAGACGUAAACCAUGAAGCUUCCGGCAAUACGUGGUGUCCCUUCGGGGAGGUGCCUCGGACGGACAGCGAGGCGCUGCUCGAGACGGUCGGGAUAGUCUGUCGGAGGCUGCCAACGCACGAUAUAUAUUGUCCCCAUUUGGAAGGCAUUCACAUCACCGUUUGGGACGUCUUGUAUUAUGGCGGGCCGGAUCGCCGCACAGUGUUCCUGCUUCCCGUCACGACGUUGCCGAUGGAAUCCCCAACGCUUAGGGCAACGGACCUCGCCCACGACGUCGCUCGCCUCAACAUCGACAUAGACAUCGACGAUGCGUUCGAGGAUGCCGACGAAUCCCACACGUUCUCCCCAGAAGCUCUCCGCAAAGACCUUGACGCCCAUCGGACAUGGGUAGCCGCGGACAUCAACAACGGUCUCGAGCAGGAGGGCGUGUUCACCAACGGCGCGCCCAUUCAGGACGACGCGUCUGUCUCCACGCUCGCGCUCUCCGCCUCCGGCUCGCCUUCCCCAGACGAAUCCUUGGCGCACUUCUCGCAGAUCUCGUUAUCCUCUUCCAGAAGCGCACCCUCGCAGGAGGAGGAAGUGCACGAAGAGAGCGCUCACGAAUACCCGAACGUCCAGAUCGACGUUCCAACCCAUCAAGUCACUAUGUCUGGCGGCAGCAACGGGUCGAGGGAAAGCGCCGGAUCGCACAGCCCUUCCACCUCGGACGCGGGUGGAGACCUCCCCCCUCUGCCUACUAUCAAGUCCGACCAUACCCCCAAAUCAUCCAUCUCUUCCAUGCCGCCCACUACACCUACUGCCUCUACCUCCGUCCCCGCCGUGGCCGCAGCCGCAGCCGCGGCUACGGCAGGUCCAUCUACCCUCCCCCAUUCGACCUCCGUGCCGACCCGCUCCCCGGAGCCGAGCGCAUCCCCUCCCAACCCUCCCAACAAGCUGCUCAAAGCCGGUCAUCGCCAAACCAAAAGCACCGGCCCGAGUACGUUUGAGAAAGUCCGGAGUCGCACCCGCCCGGCGUUCCUCCCGCCCAAGCCGCGGCAGGAGGACGACAAGCACCUCGCAGACUGGCAGGCCAUGAUGCGCCUGUCGCGACAAGCAGCGGAGAAGCGGCGCAAGGCACUGCAAGAGCGCCGCCUCGCUCGCGAGCGCGCGAUUGAGGACUCUUUACACCGAUGGGAGAAGGAGAUCCUUCCUGACUGGCGCGUUGUGCACCGCGAUCCUGCGUUACGCAAACUGUGGUGGAAAGGGAUACCGACGAAGCUACGGGCGCGGAUGUGGCAAGCUGCGGUAGGGAACGCUCUCGCGCUCAGCUCAGACUCGUACAACCCAUGCAUCGCGCGAGCGCGACGCGCAUUGGCCUCGGGGACAUUCCCUCAAAGUACCCUCGCCGCUAUCGAAGCCGAUCUCGCAACCACCUUGCCCUCAUUGCACAUCUUCCAUCACGAGACGGGCCCGCUAUACGGCGAGCUAAAGGAAUUGCUCUGCGCUUGGGUAGUCGCCAGGAGCGAUGAGGGUCUCGGUUAUACCAAGGGCGCGUCAAGGUUGGCAGCGAUGCUCCUCAUCACCAUGCCUGCUCAGCAGGCAUUCGUGGUGAUGCGGAACCUGUUAGAACGUCAUUGUAUGCGCAGCUUUUACGGCGGAGAGGGCGCGAAGGACGACGUCGAAGCUUACUACAGGAUAUUUGACACCCUGCUUGCAGACGGCAUGCCCAAAAUCUACUUCAACUUCAAGCAACACCAAAUAUCGCCUGCAUCGUACCUACCGGAUUGGCUGAUCCCAUUAUUCCUCGACCACUUGCCUUUCGAAGCGUGCGCUCGCUUGUGGGAUGUGAUUCUGCUCGAGGGCGACCCAUUCCUCUUCCGCGCCGCGCUCGGUAUGCUAGCCGUGCUCGAGCCGCGCCUGUUCUUCCCGGACAAGAAAGAGCUGUUAGAGCUGCUCAAGGGCGAGAACAAAGCCGCAAUCGAUAUAGCACGUCGUGAUGGGCUACCCCUGGAUGGCGGGAAGUACGAGAUUUACGGCGUCGAUGAAGAGACGCUGUGGGAGCGCAUCGACAGCAUGGAGGACUGGUGGAAGGAGAGUACAUGGAAGCGGCUCACUCAACGAGAGCUACCCGAUAUAUAG